AUGAAAUAUAUAGAAAAAUAGGUCUUUGAUCCCAAGAUUUUUGGAAAAAAAUUAAUCAUCACUCAGCCAUCUCAACCCCAACCAUUCUAUUUGAAAUUCUCUAUUAUGCACAAUCAACACAAGACCAAAGGCCUGUAAUUUAUUUAAAAAUCAAUCCAACCCCAUCGUUCAUCAUCCAAUAUUUAAACCCCAUCAAUCACCACCUAGCCAUCUCAUCAUCAAUAACCACAAUACAAAAAUUCAAUCCCUAACAUCCCAUAACCUUAAAAAAAAAAUUCUAAAAAAUUUGGUGCUAACAUAUUUAUGCGAAAUAAAUUCAUUGAAAUAGCCCAUAUUUUUCUUCACACAAAAACUAUUCGCAUCCUAUCACUCUAUAACAACAAACAAAAAAUAGAUCAAUCAGAAUCCAACAAUCAAAAAUAGAACAGUCACAGUCCCAAUCCCAUCAAAGAAAUAUGUAAAACAAUCAAUUCCUAACUUUCUAUUAAUAGCAUUUUAUUUUAGAGUUGUUUAGUGCGGAGGUCCGAAUGA